GCCCUGCCCUAUCCUGCCCUGCUCCCGGUUUUUGCACCAGGGACAUCAUAGGAAGGUGCUGAAGUGGAUCUUAUGCGCCUCCUUCCCGGCCCUGGAAACACCGCUCGCAAAAGCAGCGACGGAAGCUAGAAAAGAAGCUAGAGAAGCGGCAGAAAGGCUAGAAAAGAAACCGCAGAAGCGAGAAUCAGCCCAGACUGCAGAUUCUGCAAGCUGACAUCCCCAUCCUACGAGCACAAGAUGCAAGACAAGGAAAUUUGCCGCAGCCGUAUUCCGCGCCUGGUCCUCCGGCCCCAUCUCCCCCAGCAGCACUUACAUCAUCAGAAAGUGUCCCCAGCAUCUGAGUCUCCCUUCUCUGAAGAGGAAAGUAGAGAAUUCAACCCCCUCUGCUCCUCUGGAGGGUCCACAAGGACAAUCAGCAGCAACAGCUUUUGCUCAGAUGACACGGGUUGCCCCAGUAGCCAGUCAGUAUCUCCAGUUAAGACUCCUCCUGAUACUGGAAACAGUCCAGUCGUUUUUUGUACAGGCAGCGAUGGAGGAGACUACACAAGAAAGAAAUUUAAUUCGGGAACAAUGGGGGACGGAACUCAACAGUCGGCUCGAUAUAAGAAGGAAACAAAGACCAGCCUCAUAAAACCGGGAAGUGAAGCCGAUUUUAGCUCAUCAAGCAGCACAGGAAGCAUUUCAGCUCCUGAAGUCCAUAUGUCUGCUUCUGGAAGCAAGAGAUCAUCAUUUUCUCGCAAUCGGGGGCCUCAUGGGCGGAACAAUGGAUCCUUGUCCUACAAAUCUGGGUCUAGUCCACCUACUACUACACCCCGCGAAAAGGACUUCCUGUCGAUGCUGUGCAAAAAUCAGUUGAGUCCCAUUAGCACCCAUCAGAAUUGUGGGGCUUCUUCAGCCAGCAGCAGCAAUUCAGGCUCAUACAAGGGAAGUGAUAGCAGCCCCAUUUUGAGGCGGCCAGCAAGGUACCCCUCUUGCGGUGAGAACCAUGGCAUUAAACCACCCAGCCCAGAACAGUACCUGACCCCUCUGCAGCAAAAAGAAGUGACACUGAGGCACCUGAAAACAAAGCUGAAGGAGUCUGAGAGCAGGCUUCAGGAAAGAGAAAUAGAAAUCAAGGAACUUAAGUCUCAGCUGGCACGCAUGAGGGAAGACUGGAUUGAAGAAGAGUGUCAUCGUGUUGAGGCCCAGCUUGCCUUAAAAGAAGCCAGGAAGGAGAUCAAGCAACUCAAGCAGGUUAUUGAAACCAUGAAGAACAGCUUGGCUGAGAAAGACAAAGGAAUUCAGAAGUAUUUUGUGGAUAUCAACAUCCAGAACAAGAAGCUAGAAUCUCUGCUUCAGAGCAUGGAAAUGGCACAGAAUGGCUCUUGUAAUGAGGAUCAGAGUCUAGAGUAUGUGUGUGGAUCACCAGAUAAGUCUUCAACUCUGAGUACGAGCUACUCCAAAAUGGCCGAUGGCAUCCUCACAGAGGACCACUCUUUAGAUGACAUGGCCGAUAGUGGUGUGCUACUUAGCGAUGAUGUGGUGAAUGCGAAUGACAUUUUUGAAGAGACAAUGACUGCUACAGCACCUGAACUUGGUCGUCCAGCUGUCUUCACAGCCUCUACCUUAAAUCAUCUGGAUCUUGUAAAGAACCUGACCGACUCCAAAGAAGAUGAUGACAGCCACAACCACAAUGUGGCAAUGGAACAAGCAGUUCAAGCAGAUGUGUUGCUGUAUAGUUCAGACAUGGAACAGCUGAUUCAGAACAUAUUCAAAGCACAAGAUGGUUGUCUCAUCAGUCCAUCUUCAUCUUUGAAAGAAUCAGAUGUAUCUUGUUCUGAAAGUAUCACAGACUUACUCAUGGAUUUAACUCCAUGUGAUCCAAAUUCUGUUAUCCUUUUAUCCCCUGUGGAGUCAGUGCGUGGUGCUGUGGAUUCUAGAUACUAUGAAAACCGAGUCAUGAAAGAACUGGAUUUCACAGACUGUAAUAUGGAAAUGUUUGGGAGUGUUGCAGAGAUGUCCGAGGGAAGCAUAGUGAAAAGAUACUGGAGCGAUAACUUCCUCAUAGAUCUGUUGGCUGUAGCUGCUCCUGUUGUGCCAACAGUAAUAUGGAUGUUCAGUACUCAAAGCGGAGGAACUAAUCCAGUCUACAAUUUUGGAGCAUUGCUUCGAGGCUGUUGCCUGGUAGCCUUGAAUUCUCUUCGUCGUAUGCCCAUCCAUGUCCAACCCUAGAUGUAACUGUCCUUUACAGCGUGCCAAGCAGCUGAAUUCUGGUGGAUGUAGUGAGGCCAUGAAAGCAGUUGUGUACGUAAUGGUGGGUCUGUCCAUUUUGCUCCUCAAUGUUUGAUUUGCACUAUAUUUAGUUGAUGACAUGCUCAUUGAUUGAAACUGAAGGAGAAAAGCUAUUGCUGGCAUAGAGAUUUGCUUCCACUAAGUGUAAAAACAUGAGUGCAUUUUUAAAAGCAUGCUGAGCACUUCUCAUUCUGUCGUAAGAUGUAUGGAUUGUUAUACCAAAUGUUUUCAGAUGUGAGAGGAAAGUUCAUUCUUCCAAAGGCAGCUUACAUAAUCCUGGCAUGUAUUGUCUCUCUGUGCUUCUUAGUGGCGCUUUGAUUAUGUAACCACCCCUGCAUUCCACUGAUCUUGUCUACAAGGGGACCGUAACCAAAAGGGAAAAAAAGCAUUUAUGUCGAUGGAUGGGAGUCUUGAAACUCGUUAUUAAUCUUGUUUAUAAAUAUGGCUGUGAAUAUAUUUUAUGAAACCUGUUUUGAGUCUUAAAUUAAGUCUUAUUGGAACGUGAUGUCAUUGAAGUGUAUGAAGGAAUAUUUUAAAUGUAUGGUGUACUAACUUAUUUUUCCCUUGUUAAAUAAAGUUUUAAGGAAAAAAACACUUUAUAAUCACAAGUUAUAAAUAAAGCAUGUUGAAAAUGA